AUCUAUUCCGGACUAUGAAAUCAAAUAGCACAGAGGAAUCUGACUCCUCAAGCGUAGAAUUUGAAGAUCAUAUCGAUAUUUCGCUUCUUCCCGACAAGAAACACCAUAGAAGAAAAAGAAUCCGAGAUUCAAAGUUCGUGUGCGGAAUUUGGCAAAUGUUCGGCGGGAAGAACGCCGCUUACGGCGUUGCGACAGCUGUGUUGUUGGUUUCAGUGUUUCUUAUCGUCGCGUUCGCUCGGCCAUCGUCUUCUUACGAAACUGCGAACAAGAACAGUAGAAAGAAUUCUCGUUAUGAACAGGCUAAAAAUCCUUCUAGUCUGGGACAUGGAAAAGAACAGAAAGGCUCACAUUCACUACGGCUUCCAAGACACCUAGCACCGAUCGAAUAUCUCCUAUAUUUACAUCCUGAUCUAACAAAUUUUGAUUUCUCUGGGAAGGUUGAUAUUCUUCUCCUCUGUCAUGAAACCUCUACCAACAUAACCCUUCAUGUAGGAACAAAAAUGGAUUACUUUGAUGUGGCGGUUGCAAGAGUCGAAGGCGAAAACAUUCUAGAGACGUUAACUGUGACGGAAACUUCUCGACUGCCGGGAGAAAUGGUUGUCAUAAGUCUCGCCACUGAACUUCAAAAAGGGAGUCAUUACUUUCUUGUGAUGAAGUUCAAGUCGAAGUUAAGUAGGGGACUUGCUGGAUUCUACCUAAGCAAAUAUCGUGCAUCUGGCGAAACGAGGUAAGCUUCUUUUUCGUAGUUUAACCAGACAAUUAUUGACCUUAGAAGAAAUGAAUCGCGGGAAUCCCUUUCAUUUGCUGUAUGAUUGGCUUCAUCUUUCCUUGCUUAAAAAUGUAUGGCUCUGAUGUAGAAAAAUUUUUCUUGAAAUACGAAUUGAUGUUUAGUUAAGACUUCGUGUAAAGAUGUUUUUGAACAGAAAUUAAGGUUUUUGUCGUGUUUGCUUAGACACGGGUAUUUGCUUUCAAAGAGGUAUAUCUCGUUUCUUCUUGUUUAAUUGUAUUUUCAUGACCAACCUUGUGUAAUCGUAUUUUUUAUUUCAGUAUUUACGAAAUAGCUUUGCUUAGAGGAAGUGUGAAAAAGUUCUCUAUUUUUCCUCGCACUUUUAUUUUUCUGAUAUUCUUCUAUUUAAAGAUAUGAAGUAUAGCGCGGUAUGAAACUCACGGGAAAGAAAAUUUAAAUGUGCCGUUAAAUUAAUUUAAAUACGCUAGGAAGAGACAUCGAACGAAACUCGGAUUAGUAAGAAAAUUUACAUUGGCAUGAAGUAAGCAAAUGAAUGUAUAAAUCAAAGCGCAUUCGACAGAUUGGACUACACUUUGGCUCACUGGAAAGAUUCUCUGAUGGUAUGAAAUAGAUAAGUAUAAAGAUGUAAAUAAAUAUGUAGAAUAAAGCGCAUAAAACCUCUUAACAUUAGGUCUUUGUCCAUAGAUUACUUUGAACUUACCCAAAUAUAUUAGUGCUUUAAAGUUUAUCAUUUGAUAACCAAUUCAUACCCGUCUGGCUAAAGAUGAAAAACACCUCAUGCAGUUUAAUUUAUUAAUUAAAUGUUGAAGAUUUGUGAUAAGACAUAAGGGCAGCAUUGAAAAGUUAGCCUAUGCUCAUUUUUGUUUUAAACAUUUUCUUCUCUUAAAGGGAGGUAAAAAAUAAUAAAAUAAUAAAAAUAAUAGUCAAUGUACCAUGGUUUGUGCAAGUAUCUUUCAAUCUUUGCUGUAAAUUGUGCUUAUAUUCUGUACUGCAUUCUACAGUCUUAUUGCAGCUAUAGAUUCCCCCACAAGGAAGCAUUUCACAUUGUCUUAAUAUAUUUCACUGUGGUUAUCAGUUAACAGGAAGUAAUUGUAAAAUUCUGCAUUUUCCAUCAAAAAUGAAAAAAGCCAAACACUGAGUAUAAAGCCAUGUUACCAUGCACUCCCUUAGAGUUUUAACUGAAUUUUGGAUCACUGGAGAAUCACCCACUUGUUUUACAUGUAUUUUUGUCUAUAUUUAGUUCUUUUGAUAAAUUAAUGAUUUGUGAACCUUAAAGGAACCUCAUGGUGGAACAUACAGUUGUUAAAUUCUCCAAAAUAAUCUUUAUGUUAAAAUUUGUUGUCAUAAUGUAGUACUUAAUAGAAGAACAAAUUGCCCUUUUCCUAACUGGAAUUCUGGGUGUGUUGUCACUUUGGCUUGUAGUAUGUAUUAUGGUUUCCCCCAUCCUCUGCAUAAUCCCCUCGGAACUUGUGUGAACAAAAGAACUCUUUUCUGAUGGUAAUAGUGGCAACUGUGUCAUAUCAUACAAGCCAAUAUGGUACCUUGGAGGAAAUCCAAGCUUUAAUUUUCCUUGUAUUUGUUUCCCAAUUUUUUUAAAAUCAAUCCUUAUAAUUUGAGACAUUUUCAUCAUUGAUUCAAUGAAACUUGUUUUACCACUGGAGGUUUCCUUUAACCCUUUCACUCCCAAGAUCUCAUCAGUAAUUCUCAUUACUGUCUGCCAUACAAUUCUUGUGAUGUUAGUUUUGAGAAUUUGGGAUUGGAUCAAUUUACAAUCCCAUAAUUUAUAUUUUUCUUUAUUCUCAACACUUGUCUUCUUGAUAUUGUACUGAUAUUGAAAGAAGAAAUUCUUUCUUGGGCUGACUCAUGGGAGUUAAAGGGUUCAUGGAAGGCCCUGACUAAACAACUCAAUACCAGUUGUUACUCCUUAGCCAGGCACAGAUUUGGAUAUUUUAUCAUCUUAGCUGAUUUUUUUAAUACAAAAUUCUCAUCUAUUUUACUUUUGAAAAUAUUCACUUACCAAACAUGUUCUUUCCCAGAGAUCUUGAUAUACCAACACAUGUCAUUUUGCAUGUAGUUUCUACAAGCUUUCAGUUGAUACUCAUAUGGGUGCAUUAAUUACUAUGUUUGGUUUCUAGAUAUCUUGCGACAACCCAUUUUGAACCAACAGAUGCAAGAAAUGCCUUCCCUUGCUUUGAUGAACCUAACAUGAAAGCAAAGUUCACCAUUGUCAUUACAAGAGAAAAACGCCAUGUGGCCUUGGCAAACAUGCCACUGAAUUACACUGAAGGGGUAAGUUAAUUCUAUCAAUUUUUAAAACCAGUUAAGUAUAAGCAUUUAGUGUACACAAUUUUGUUGUAUUGUAAAUUGUUUGCAGAUGCUUGAUAGAUUUACCAUCUCUUCCCUGUUUGCCUUAUAGCUUCUUUAUCAUAGCUUAUCAAAUUCCUUUUAUUCCAGUGCAACAGUGAUGUUGAGCUCUGCACAGACCAUUUUCAAAAAAGUGUUGAAAUGAGCACGUACCUUGUGGCAUUUGUUGUUUGUGACUUCAAGAGCAUAACAAAUACAACCAGCAGAGGUGUUCAGGUAUGUUUUUAAAAUAUUACCCAAAGUCCAUCCAAGAUGUAUGUUCACUAAAAGUUUGGAUGUCACUUAAACUUAUAGUCAAGUGGGCAUGUAUGUUGUAGCUAAUCACUACUGAUUUGAUUCAUAACUUUGAAUGGUGUAGAGGAUUGGGUGGGCAUUGUGCAUGUUGGUGCAGCAGCAAGUUAACAGUAAAGGUGGCAGUGGUAACAUGAGACUCACCGGGAGCUGUUACCCUCAUUUAUACAGUUCUUUUGCUAGUGAAAAAUAGAAUUUGCUUGCUGGCAGUUUCCAUAAUCAUCUUAGGUGUUUAGCCUCACACUCAACCUCCAAUGACAACACAACUGAUAUUUGAUUGCCCAUGUAGGUGACUUAAAUCCUUAAAUCCCAAUGUUCUCUACCCAAAAUAAUACUCAGGAAACUAAACCUUCUUUGUUUUUCCUUUGUGCUCCAUACAUAUUCAAUUAGCGAUUGGUAAUGAAUAUUAAUUUAUUUUAAGGAAAAAGAGGUUUAAAUUAAAAGGCAUUGUUCAUGUGUAUUUUGCUGUGUGUCAAAAAUUUCACAAAGAGAACAUUUUAGAGACCCAUUUGUUCCCUGGGUAAUUGAAACAGGUCAAAACAGGAAAGAAGAAUUGGGUUAAAUGUGAAUAUAUGAAAAUCGUAUAUGUGAACAGCAGUGUAAGAAAAAAAGGGAUCUUUGCAGUACUAAACCCUGCUUCAGCAGUAGUGAAAAUUAAGGCCUGAAAUAAAAUCAGGCCAGUUUAAGAUUUGAACUUAUGACCUGAUUUGAACCCGUGACCUCUGCAAUACUGGUGCACUGCUCUACCAACUGAGAUAACAAGCCAACUAGGAGCUGAUCAUUAUGUUGGUUCAUGAUAAACCCCAUGAUGUGAUGAAUCAGUGACUGUGUUUAUAUAUGAAAAUCAUAUAUAUUAACUGCAGUUUAAGACAUGAAUAUGAAAGCGAUCUUUGCAGUAAUGAACACUACUUAAGCAGUUGUGAAAAUAGGGCCUGAAAAAAAUUCAGGCCUGUAUGGGAUUAAAACUUAUGACCUUAUUUGAACCCAGUCCUGAGGUCAUGGGUUCAAAUCCUGUACCGGCCUGAACUUUUUUCAGGCGUUGUUUUUUACAGCUGCUUAAGUAAUGUUCAUGACUAGGAAGAUUACUUUCAUAUUUAAAAAUAAGGUUGCCGACAUGGUUAUUAUUUUAUGUGUGGAAAGACUACAAGCUCAGAGUUCAUGUAGUAAAUCUGAUUUUUUCUGGCUUCUAUCCUGACAUGUUCAUGGUUGGCCAUUUAUUCAGGUUUGGCAAUAAUUAUUUAUUUUUUUUCAAGGUCAGUGUAUGGGCCCCACCAGAGCAGAUUGAUCAAGGCCAAUUUGCUUUAGAUGUUGCUGUAGAGGUUCUGGAAUAUUAUGAACAGAAAUUCAAGGUGGACUAUCCACUUCCAAAGCAAGGUACAUGUUGAUUCACUUUUGUUCUUUUUGUAUCUUUCAAACAUCCUAUCUGUAUGUAGGGAAAUCCACGGAAAGUUUGAAGUCAGUGCUGGUUACACUAAACUGACAGAAUGUGGUCAGUUAUCCUACAAGGGUUAUUUAUUUACAUGUUCUUCAUGAUUACAAAUAAUAUAAGGUAAUCAGUCUCUAGAGUUUAAUGAAAAUGCUAAGUGGAAGUUUACAAAGAUGAGUAAAUUAAUUCCCCUCAGAAGCUAACCUAUUAAGUUACUUGUUUAUUUAUGCAGAUAAGGGUAUUUAAUCUAAUGGAAAUCUUGUCAAUAUGAUGAUGUCAUGGCAUUAUGUAUAAUAGAUCUCAUAGCUAUACCUGACUUUUCUGCUGGAGCCAUGGAGAACUGGGGUUUGAUCACUUACCGCUUGACUUCAUUGUUGUAUGAUGAGGGAAAAUCUUCUGACUCUAACAAGCAGUGGGUUGCUGUGGUUGUUGCUCAUGAGCUUGCUCACCAGGUUUGUUUAUUUUACAAACAGAAAAAAAGAAGGAAAAAAUUUCAAAUUGUCUUUAUCUUUUGUUUAUUUCAAAUUUUCCUUGGAUAAAAGUCUCCAAUUCAGGUGUAUGUCUAAUUUUUUGUUGUUGUCUUGUCAUUGACUUGUAACAUCUUCAGAAAACAACCACUGCUGACAGUUUGUUUGUUGCUGCAAGGACCACGUGAUUGGCAUUUUUUUUUGUCUCUUUGUUUCCUUUGGCACUUCCAAUAAAAAAUCUCUGUAGCAUUAAACUUUAUUUAACUUCAAAUGAUAAGUACUCUAAAUGAACUUCAAUUAAAAAUAACAUUACUAACUAUUUCUUAACAUUUAUGUUGCUUUAAUUUAAGUUAAAUAGGAGGAAACCUUUUUCAACUAACCCUUUUUGGUUUAAAUUUCUUUAAACAUUAUUUUGAGAAUAUAAAUGCAAAUCAUUAGGAAAUACAUUUUUUCACUUACAAUAGACAUGUAAAGUCAACACUAAAUUUGAAAUAGAAGAAAUUUUUCCUUCACUUUCAUGAGCAGAAACACACACUUGCUAGGGCUUAAAACACAAUUUGAAGCUCUCCUAGCUUAAAUGUCAAGUCUAAAGUUACAAUUGUCUUCACUAAUCUAGCAAGAAUUUUUAAGAGAGUUUUAACUCUUCAAAUUGGUGUUAAAACUAGACCAUUAAAAAAUUUCACAAGAAAAACACGAGCAUUUUUUUCAAUUGAUGUACUCAGUGGUAGUGAUCAAGCCCUAAAUUUAGAUGAUAUGGACUAUUGUUAGGCUCAUGUAAUCCAUGGAUGUAACCAAGCUCUUAGAAGCAAAUAUUCAACAAUUUAAGAACAUGGAUUCAAUAUAAAUAUUGACUUUUUAAACUAUUGUAAAAUCCUGCAUAUGAGAACUUUUCAGAAGUUGAUAAGGGACCAAGUUAUUACAUCUUGAUGACUUGAAGACAUUUUUGGCUUGGCAUUUAUGGCCCUUCCAGGGGUUAUCGGUGUGGACAACAUUGACAAUGUCAUGGCGUUUCAUCAAGUGACAUAUAAUUUCAGUUGCAUGUUGUACUGUAUAUGUACCAUGCUGCAUUAGAUUUCUAAAUGAAUCCUGCACUAAAAAAAAAAAUUUCACCUAAAAUUUUUUAGGAAUUGUCAUUGACUGAUUAUACAGUAACAAGUUAGGCUUAUCUUAAACACGCUCUUGCCUAUAUGCAGGCUUUUGCUGUAAUCAUUUUGUAAAAGUUAUUAUAAAAUAGCAAAUGUUAACAUACACUAAAGGAUAAUUUUGUAAAAAGUUCUUAACUAUGAAACAAUGAAGUCUAAUCUUUUGUUGUGACUCUGGUGAUAUUGUACACAGACCUCAUUGCCAUUCCGGAUUUUCCCACUGGAGCAAUGGAAAACUGGGGUCUUAUUACAUUUCGCUUGACUUCAAUCCUGUAUAACCCCGGCAAGUCAUCAGACAGCAACAGACAAUGGGUCGCAGUGGUUGUUGCUCAUGAGUUGGCUCAUCAGGUUAAAUCUGUAAAGUUUUCAUUGUUCAGUAUACCCCAGGCAAUAGUAAAACUUGAUAUUUUAGUCGAAAAAGUGAUGGCCAGUUUAAGUUCGUGUUUGAUUUUAUGGACAGGUCCAAAUUUUUUCUUCUGCUUUCAUUAUUGAUAACAAAUGAUGUCAAAAUGUGGUAAGAACAAAAGAGUUGCACAUAAGGCAGCCACUGAUGUUCUUACCACAUUUUGACUAAUGUUCUGUAAUUUUAUAUAACCUUACAGACUCACCGUAACAUGGAAUCUAUUUCAACCUUUUGAAUAUUAAAAAAAACAAAUUGUCCAAUACACCAUAAGUAAGAACCAAUCAAAUGUGUGUAUGACUCGACUCAUCAUAUCAUAUAUAGUCAUAUCAGUCAAGAACCAAUCCAUUGUGUGUCUGACUCAACUCAUCAUAUCAUAAUUAUAUAGUCAAAUCAGCUAAGAAUCAAAACAACUCUUUCCUCCAGGUAUUGAUUGUGAAAUGCGCUAAAAAAAGGGAAAUGUCUGAUUUACACCAAACUUCAAGAAGCAUGCUUUGGAAUACUCUUGCUUUCUAUUUUCAUUAGACCAACAGAUACUUUACUGGAUGUGUGAAUGUGUCUGUGGCUUUAAGAUAAAAAAAUUUACAACCUCACUGAUGUUACACAUAAACAUCUGUUGAUAAUUGUUUUACAGUGGUUUGGUAAUUUGGUUACCAUGGAAUGGUGGAAUGACUUAUGGCUCAAUGAAGGAUUUGCUAGUUUUAUGGAAAAUGUUGGAGUGAGGCAUGUCCACCCAGAAUGGAAAAUGAUGGACCAGUUCUUCUUGGACAAAUUUCAAGUUGCAAUGGGUUUGGAUCAACUCAGUAAUUCUCAUCCAAUCAUGGCUGAAGUGAGAGACCCUGCUGAGAUUAGUUCUUUGUUUGAUUCAAUUUCCUAUGACAAGGUAGGCACAAGCAGAAAUUGUUUCAGCAAAGGCUAUAAGGUAAUAACUGAUCAGGGUAUUUUCUCUAACCAGCAAUGAAAAAACAGUAACCAGAGGGAGAUAUGUGGGUCCCCAAAGGGCAUGAGCAAGUAUUUCACUCAGUGUUUUCUGAAGAAGACAGCUCUUCAAAAACAAAUAGCUGGUGAAAACACUGGCUGCUAGUGCUUCUGGAGAACACUGGCAUAUGGUUUAUCUUCCCUUUUAAAACUGCUUCUUGUUUGAUAAUUGCUUGGCACAAUGAAUGUUUUAUAAUAUAAUGUGCUACAUGUAGUUUCUAAAUUAAAAUGAUUGGAAAGAAAGGAUGCAGUUUAUCAUUUUGUUCUUUAAUACAAAAUUUAUCUUCUUUUUUGUAUAAAAUAUGCAAAAACAGUAACCAGUUUAUUUUACUUCAUCUAUCAUUGCAGUUUACUUCUACUGCAUUUAUUUCAGUUUUGUUCUGACUUUAAAAGAUGUUGCUGUAGCAUCAUGACCUGUCACUAUUUUUCAUUUAUUUACUAAUCCAAUUUCCCGAAUAUUUACAUGUUUCUAUCUCUCUUAAACGUAAAAUUUUUACAUCUAAUACUUUAAAUUUUUAUAAUAGGGUGCUGCUAUUAUUAGGAUGUUGGAAGAUGUUCUCGGAAGUAAACUUUUCUUUAAAGGAUUACAGAACUACCUCAAUAAGUACAAGUUUAGUAAUGCAGAGACUAAUGACCUUUGGCAGUGCCUCACAGAUGAAGUUAAGGUACACAUGAACAGCCCAGUCGUAGAAAUACCCUGUGUAACGAUAGUGUGCUCGAUUUGUUUUGUUUCUGUGGACGCUUGUGGCAGAGAAAAAGUUGCUAAAAUGGGUUUAGUUAAGGGCUUAGCUUGGAUAGCGUGGUACAGUGAAGCAAACAGUGGGAAAAAAAUUCGCUCUGGCGAAGGGCUAACGCUCGAAAAGUCAGCUUGGAAACUCUUUACGGUGGCCAAUUAACAUUUCAACUCAUUUGCGAAAACCAAAUUAUCUAGCUGGAAAAAUAGCUGCCCAACAUUUUGUCAUAGAUUCCAUUUAGUUCCAAUUUCCUCUCCUUCCUGACCAUUAACUUUGUAAUGUUGACAGGAAAGUGGUGUAAACCUUGAUGUUAGAAAAAUGAUGACAACAUGGACGAGUCAAAUGGGCUUUCCUGUUAUUAAUGUAACAGUUAGGAGAGACGCCAAUGGCAAAUCAAUGCUUCAUUACCAACAGGAGCGCUUCCUUGUCCAUCCCGACACUAGAUCCCCAUCAGAUUCUGCGUAAGUUUUGUUUGACUGGUUAGUCAUUGAACCGUUUUGUUAUGCAAUUUUCUUUGGGGUUUAAUCAGGAGAGCUUUUUCAUAUAACGUUCUUAUUUUUGUUACAGCUAUCGCUGGGUAAUUCCUUUAACAUAUGUGACUCAGCAGAAUCCUUCCGAAAGACAUGUUCAGUUGUUAGAGCGCCAAGCUGGUGAUGGUAAGGCUUAUACAGGUCUAUGACUGAACACUGACCUUAGUCUUCAAGGCCACUUUAUACGGCUACAGAUUUCCUGUAAUAUUUAACGGGCGAUUUCAGCUUGAUUCCAGUCCUUGAGUUGUUCGAGUUGUUCCAUUAAUAUAGCGGUUUGUAACAAAUCAACAUAACUGACAGCCAAGGCCCAUGCAGUUGUUCAAAGCGCGGAUUAAUGGUGACAAAACAUACUGCGUUAUCCACCGGAUAGCGUUAUUCGUCCUUCGAACAACCGGGGCCAGAUACAUAAAGUUUACCCACCCAUUUUCACGAGUAGUUUGAUGGGUUUUAAGGACUAUUUACCUCCCCUCCCUCGGUACUGAUGCAGUUUCUUUGCAAGAUCGGCCCCUGCUAUCAAGCUAGUAAAACCCGACCGAAGCCUUGCUGUUUUUCUCUCUGCCGCUACUUUCGCGCCGUCCGUUAAUUCGCACGGUUUUCGCUCCGUUUUGCUUGCUGAACGCCUAUUAAAAGCUACUGCAAAUAGUAGAAAAUCUAGUAUUGUAUUGUAGCUAUCUACAGAUGAGAAAACAAGUGGUAUACUUUCGGAGCGUGGCGAUGCACACACUUAGAUAAGGUUCAAGACAAACAGAAAUGUGUGCAUAUUUACUCCUUUAAUGACGUGUUGUGUGUGAGCUUUUUCUCGUUUUGUCGUUCAGAACUAUCUCUUUGUAUUUGGUUUUCAGUUUUGUUACGCGGUGUAUCUCCCGAUGCUACUGGUAAUUCUUGGAUUAAGAUGAAUGCCGGACAAAGUGGAUAUUACCGUGUGAACUAUGAUGAGGGAAACUGGAACAACCUCAAAAAACAACUGAACUCUGACCAUACGGUAAAUUAUCAACAGACUAAAGCAUAGUUAAGUGGGAUGAGAAACACUUCCCGUUCAGUAGACCAAGUAAAUGAUUUUCAAAAAGACCUCUAAGGGAAAUUUUACCCUCUGUGAGUGCUUUGUGAUAACCAUAUCCAUGGUUACCAACUAAGGCGAAGCAUUAAACUAGCUUAAUUUUUUUUUCUCUAGAAAUUGCUCGGUGCCGAUCGCGCAGGCUUGCUGAAUGACGCUCUUAAUCUUGCUCGGUAAGUAACUAUAACAUGCAGACCUCUGCUCCUGUCUCUUAUUUCAUAGCUGCAGAGAAGCAAUCUAACGUCAGUUAUGUUUGGUUUGUAUGCUAUAGCGCUGGUAAUCUGGAUUAUGACCUGGCGUUAGGUCUCACUGAUUAUCUCAGUCAAGAGCAGGAAUAUGUUCCAUGGAUAUCAGCGCUUAACGGCUUGGCCUAUUUCGCCACACAGUUUUCAACAUACGACAUGGAAAGAAAUACCCAGCACUAUCGCAUAUACAAGGUUAGUUUUGUUGUGUCAUGAUGGGAGACUGAUUCGAGAUAUUUAGUGGAAAAAAAUUCACUCGCGCCUUGCAUGUUAAAGGACCAAAAAUUCAUGUACCAAGAAGGUCUCAGUUGCACGGCGGCCUGAAGAUUAAUACAACAUUUUCAUGCGCCAAGAGCGAGGGUCUUGCACGGCGGCGUCAAGACAAAUACAACAUUUUUAGAGAAGAUACAAGAUAUUUGACGAAAGAGCGUUGCGAGUGAGUAAAACAUUGUUUUUAAAACGAGAAAGUAAACUUCAUAUCUUUUAGCCAUUUAUAUUUUCUUUUCUAUUUCGUAGGCCAAAAAUAGUAAAGCCCAAACCUCGUCGCAAACACCUGCAGCUCGGAAGCUAAAAUUUCCUCAAUUUUUCUUCUUUCCUUUCAUUUGCAAGAAACACUUCAAAGAGUUUUAAGUUCCUCAGAGCAGGAUUCUAUGCGAGCAUUAGAGAACUUAACUACGAUUUUCUAUUACCCACCAUGCAAUAGCGUCAUCAGUUUGCGCACUGGUCGUGAUUUGCUCAAUAGGCUGACGAGUUCCCAAAUGUAGUUUCGUAAAAACCUUACAAACACUUGUGUCUAGGCAAUAAAUUGUUAUGUAAUAAGAGUUUCACCAGGUUUUAAUAGGUAAGGGACCUUCUCUUUUUUUUUUUUUUUUACUGACAUCCUCAUGCAUUUUGCAUUUUUUUUUUUUUUUUUUUAGCUUUAUAUCUUGCAUCAGAUUCACAGGAUAGCAUCCGAGUUAGGUUGGGAAGAAACUGACCAGGAUCCGCAUUUGAAGAGGUGAAUAUUAUAGAAACAAAAGGGAAUGUCUGCAUGACUUGGAGAAACAUUUUAUUAUUUUUUUUGGCGCAUUUGCGGUUGCUGUAAUCUCGAACUUAUGGCCACAAUCAUGAACUUACUUUGGUUGGUCUUUACAAUUCCCCUCGCCCCUUCCGCCAUCCCGGAUAUGUCUUUUUUUUUUUUUUUCAUAUGUUUCCUUCGGAUGAGUUUGUUAAUCUUCUACCUCAAAGCCGUCGAUUGUGGGUAUUCGCGAGGUACUGACAAAUACUGAUGUAUUUUUGCCUUACAGAUAUCUUCGUGCCACAAUAUUGCACCUCGCAAGUGAUUAUGAAGAUGUGUUUCCUGAGGAUAGACCGAAAUUAUUAGAAAAUACGAGAGAAGCGUUACGGCAGUUUGAUGGCUGGUUGAACGGCGGAAAACCGUUAGUAUUUUUAUUUGUUCUGUUUAUUUAUGCUGAAGCAGCUACCCAUGUGAUAUUUUCAGUGUUUUUGUUUCGUUUGACUGCUGCAAAAUGUAAUUCCAAACCGCGUAGACCGACGAUUAUUACAAGAUACCGCAGCCUUUAUUACAAAACGUCGCAACACUUAUUAGAAAAUGCGUUAGUUAUUACAAAAUGCGGAGGUUAUUAAAAAAUGCGUUGUGUCACAAAAUGCGUAGGUUAUUUAAAAAAAUGCGUCGUUAUCACAAAAUGCCGCAGAACAUGGUGUUUUCGUCGAAUUGCUCACUUUAUACUGUUGUUGUGAAAGAUAAAGGAAGCUUGAUAUUUUUGGAAAAAUUUAACAUACUUCCAGAAACGCUACACUAUGUUACUAUCUUAGUAACUUGAUCCGAGGGUACAUCCUGUAUUAAGAAGACGCUAGUAAAGCUCCAUUAGCCGUGUGCUUCAGCUGUAUAUGCAAGUUUUAAUUUAUAUAGAUAAUAACAAAGUUGUGGUCGUCCCUAGGAUUCGACCAAACUUGAGAAACGUAGUUUAUUCCGUGGGUGUGAAGUAUGCAGAUGAACAAACGUGGACGGAGGUUUUCCGUCGUUUCCAAGCUGAGAAAGUCGCGACUGAAAAGAGAAAGUUGAUGUACGCACUCACAAGCAGUCGGAACCCAGGAAUUUUAAAGAGGUAAAGACCGGUUUUUUUCCCUUUCAUUUAAACAUAUUUGUCGUUGUUUUUUCCCAAAAGCACUCAGACCUAUCAAGGGGAUCACAAUUUUUACAAACUUUAAUUCAAUAUAUACAGGCUCGCACACAAACAGAUACAUAUCAACUGAGUUGAAAACGUAAAUUGGCCACCGUAAAGAGUUUGAAGGCUGACAUUUCGAGCGUUAGCUCUUCGCCAGAGAGGGCUAACGCGUUAGCCCUUCAUCAAUCGCUCUGACGAAGGGCUAGCGCUCGAAACGUCAGGCUUUAAACUCUUUCAACUGAGUUGAAAACGUAAAUUGGCCACCGUAAAGAGUUUGAAGGCUGACAUUUCGAGCGUUAGCUCUUCGCCAGAGAGGGCUAACGCGUUAGCCCUUCAUCAAUCGCUCUGACGAAGGGCUAGCGCUCGAAACGUCAGGCUUUAGACUCUUUACGAUGGCCAAUUUACGUUUUCAACUCAAUUGAUAACACUAAAUUAACCUGUUAUACUCUCCCACCGACGCAGCACCACAGUUUCCUUAGAAACUUACCCCCUUUAAACUUAGAUAGUUUGAGAUUAUUUAAGCAAUCAAACAUUAGCCAGCGAAAAGCGAUUUUAUAGAACUUUAUACUUCGUGAAAAAAGCACAGUUGACAUCGUAAUUUACAGACUUAAAACGGAACAAUAUAAAAUGUGUUUUCGUUACAUCGCUGCACGAUUACCACGUUUCGCUGAGAAUGUUACCAGCAGAAAUAAGGAGGACAUUGCCAAGGGUACCAUACCUUAGGUAAUACAAAAAGUGUUUCACUGAGUCAGAGUCAAGACCGCACUCGCAAAUAGGCGACGCACUACUAUUUAUUUUGAAAAGACGUUCUCUAAGACAAGAAAACCCAUGUCUGAGACGAGUGUCAUCGAUAGAUGCAUGCCUUGAAAAAAAAAAAGAAAAAAAAUAAUAUAAGAUAAUUUGGUUUUAUCAUAUAUACCGUAAAGAAUUUCUAAGCUGACGUUUUGAGCGUUAGCCUUUCGACAGAGCGAGUUUGGUCAAUAGUUCAUUUUAAUAACGUGGAGCAGCAUUCUUAUUUAUUUGUAAAAUUGGCUCGAUUACUGUAAUUCUCUCCUUAUACUAAGAAGCUCCCAAGCAAGCUCCUCGCGUAAAGUAAAGCUGGUUCUCUGCAUGACUCCCUGAUGCCACCAUUGCGACUUUAUAUUGAGCUGUAUCCAAUAUAGCUGAAUCACAGUCAUGACAGUUCCAGAUGACAUCCCAUAUUCCAUGAGUGGUCUUAUUAGACUUUUGUACAAACAUGUUGACGUGAAGCUAUCAACUUUGUGAUUAACAAAUUUCAGAGUAUUUUUAUCGCUUAGAAGCCUUCUCGUAAAUCUUAACUGUUUGAUUUCUCAUCGACAUUUUACUGUGUAAACUUAAGCCUAAGUGCGUAUGAGACUUAACGUUUUUGACGACCUUGGACUUAAAAAAUAGAGGGGGCUGGUUUUCCUUGUAACGUUUAAGAGAAAAUAAUAAAAUUUCGAGAUUUAACAGGAUCUAUAAUUACCGGUACUAACCAUUUUUCAGCUCACUCAGAGGUCUUAUUUAAAUCAUAAUUGAGGCGACCAGCUGAUACGGCUGGCUUAUCAACAACCCGAAACAGUGUAGUAUCAUGGACAUAAUUCAAAGGAAGAGAGGCGAGACCAUCAAUAAUAUAAUUUGUGUAAAUGAGAAAUAGAGGCUGUCCUAGUACAGACCUUUUGGGGGACUCCAGAGUUGACUGUUCAUCAGUCAGAGGUUGUUAUCUUUGUCGGUGAUAGUAACCCAUUGCUCACUCUCUGAUGCAAAUAGUUCUGUUUGAAUUCCUCUCUCGAGAAAAGGUUUGAAGGCUUUGCAGGUUUUAUGCGAAAUUGCCGGCAUCAAAUUAUUCUUAUGACCUUUUUUAUUUAAUCGCUGCCUUGUUCUUUUGAUUGACCUUCUCUCCCGCUCUUAUGGUUUCUUUCAGGCUUCUUCGUUAUUCUUUGGACCCGGGAAAGAUUCGUUCCCAGGACUCCGUGGCUGUUAUCAACUCGAUAGCUCACAAUCCAGAAGGUCGCAUAAUGGCGUGGGAGUUUGUGCAGCAGAACUACGACUUACUGUUCAAAAGGUACGGAAAUUUAAAGCCAAAUCGUCGAAAAAAGUGUUGAGGAAAGCGUCAUGGAAAUUGAAUGAAAAUGCAUUUCUCGGCCGUGAAUGGCAUCAGCCAUCUACUGUAUGAUGCUAAUGUGUUUUUUUGCUCCCUCUAUCAAGAUAUGGUACAGGUUCUUUUGAAUUCAGUCGUCUCAUCAAGGCUACUACAGCGCACUUCAACACGGAGAAGAAAUUAGAGGAUGUAAGGAAAUGUUUCAACUCGCUGUUUCUUCUAUCGAACUUGGUUAACCUUUUUCUUUGUUUGUUAAGCUUUGUUAUCUAGCUGUCUGCAGAGAUUAUGUGUAGCUUGAUAGAUAGAUUCCCGGUAACUCCUUCAAUUAAUUAUUGAUUGAUUAAUUAAUUAAAAAACGUGCUGUUGGCAGUGAAGGCCCAAGAGAAACAAUUACCUCUAUCAGUUAAAAUGUAUAAGGAAAAUGGUAAAAUUAGCGAACAAUGUCUAUAAGUUGAAAUAAAUACAGAGUGAAAAUAAACGAGGCGAUGGAAAAGAAAAAAAUUCACGAAUCAAAAUUGUCCAUCAAACAACCAUAGUAAUAAAACGACUACUGGCAACAUUAUAACCUAACUAGUUUAGCUAAGUUUGAAUUUAAGUAAGUUGUUUCUUUUAAGAAACUGCAUCGACGGAUAAUUUAAACACUUACAACGUGGUUUAUUUAAAAGUGAGUGAAGUUUAUGAAAUAAAAAUCACUGUAAGUUGUCCAUGUUUAUCGAGCUGAAACACACUUGUUAACCGUUAACUUGUUACACCAUGUAGAGCGCGUUUAGUGCGAUUUCCCUAAAAUUUUAAUCUUUUUUUUUUCCAGGUGAAGUCUUUUUUUGAGAAUAAAGACACAGGGUCAGGCAAGCUGGCUGUACUUCAAAGUUUGGAAAGUAUUAAAGCCAAUAUAAAAUGGUUGAAAGCCUACCGUCACACUGUCGUUGCCUGGCUUCAAGAUUUCGUCAGCUCUCACGUUCACUUACCUAUCAAUAACCCACAUCACCCUGUACAUGUAACAAGUUUAGACGAAAGAUACAAAUAUGGACGGCCUUGAAUAUCGAAUUCUCAUUCACCCGGUCAAGGUAAAUUUAGAAGGUAUAACUUUGUGCCGGGUAUGCUAGAAGUGCAUCAAUAUAAUUGCCUUGUGUGACUUAAAACUUGAACCAGUCAAAACCUACCGUCUACCGACAAUAAAACCUCUGCACUUCGCACUCAACAGAGGUAUACCUUCUAAAUAAGCUGGACUGUACUUUCACCCCUUCGGCUAUAGUAAAUCAUGCAGUGAACCACUGAAGUUCUUACAAUCUGACUCACAUCUCUCGGGUUGCCUUUCUUUCUUUCUUUCUUUCUUUCUUUCUUUUUUUUUUUUCAGUUUUCGUUUACAAGGCCAUUUUUCACCCAAAGAUGGAAAUUGAUGAUCACUUCCUUUAAAUCAGUUAAAUUGUGAAAUUUUUAAAAUCGUAAGUUGAUUUAAGAUUAUCCCGGUGGAGGAUUACAGUUUAACGGCAACCCGGAAGGGAUCUAGUAUGAAUAUAAGAAUGACUAUGGUUUGCUCGGGAUUUACUACAGUGAAUUUAAUUUAUCCCAAUUGAAAUCUUUCAUUAGGGUCAUAGUCUUGUUUUAAAUGUAUUAACUUACUUGGAAAGUGCAUUCACUGGAUUGUGAAAAUAUGAAUUUAAAAAUAUUUAUAUAAUACUAGCCUAUGUGGCUCAACUUUUAUUUUUUAAGUCAGGAUUGCUUAUAUGUUUUGGUUUAAGGUGUUGUACAUUUUCUUUUCCACAACGGAGGCGCUUUUUUAUUUUUUUAUUUCGUUGAGUGGAAUAAAAGAGAUUGUAACGGGAUCGGAGAAAUAUUCAAAAUGUAUUACAAUUUAUUUUUCAAUUCAUUAUUUGAAAAAAAAUGUUUAGAAUAACGACAAUAAGGGUUAGCUUCAGCUGGGUUUAAAUGCCUUUCGGUGUUUAGUUUUGGUUGUGGCGGCGACUUUAAAACUUUGAGUCAGCCACACUUGAUUGUUUUCAUCGCUCGUGGAGAUUUAAAAGUGAAAUAGUGAUAACAGUAAGGUUUCGUAGGGAAGUCAACAUAGUCGCCCAUUUCUAAGCAAAUUUUAAUGAGUGAAAAAUAUAUUAUAAUCAAGAACUGCUCUUGUAUUCGUUAAGUUUUGGAUCUUGAUUUUGUUUAUAAUCCCUCGUGUGGGUAAGGGGUGAGUUUAAAUCGUAAGUAAUAGUAAGUUUGAUCUCAAUUUGUCAGCAGUUUCAUUGUCCUAAUAUUUUGAGUGUUAAAUUUCUUCAGGGAGACGCCAUUCUUUAGGGAGCAGAGAUUAAUUUCCUCUAGAAAAUGUUCGUAGCAGCGGAGUAGCUCAAAUAUAUAUGCUUUAGAGCAAAAAGUCAUGAAAAAAAGUAUGAAAAGAAAGAUGCGGCCGAAAAAGGAUAAUUUGGGUGAACAGGAACAGAAACAAAUUGUUUCCUCUUUCAAAGAAUAAUAUGGCCACUCCCUAGUAAUGGCAAAUUGAAGGGAAAGCCGUUUUGGGUAAUGGCUGGAGCAAAAGGAAAUUGUAUACAAUCAGAUAAUUGUUAUUUUGGGGUCCCAGGAAAAAUACAGCAGUGUCCAUCAAAAAAUAAAGAAAGAAGAAGAGAGCUAAUUUUUAUACACAGCUAGGGAUGAACUAAAAACCACCUUUACCCUGAAGGAUAGAAUGGUAUUUGACAUCCUAUGGUGGUAAGACUAAGGUGACCUCGUCAGCUUCUCUUCUUGAUAAUGUUAGAUGAUGUAAUCCUUUACAGUAAGGUUGCGGGCUUCUUUGACGAAUUGAAGUGUUCUUUUAGGAACACUUCUUCCUUGCUUUUAAUGUCUUUAAUUCAUGUGGUUCAAGUUGAACUUGUUGCACAAUGUUAUGAAAUAAAUGACUCUCUCCUCUUCUUU